UAAAAGUAAAUUUCAUAUAUUAAAUAUUUAUGAUAAAUUUGAAAAUAUUACAUUUUUUGACAGGAAAUAUACUUUGAAAGAAGUGGACUGAAAAAAUGCCCAAAAGGAAAAAUUUAUGCAAAGUACUUUAACAAACUCAGAAGCUUAAAAAAUCAUGGAUUAAUGUCUUCACAAGUAUCAAAAGCACAUAAAAACAAUGAACCACCCACUAGGAUUUCUGGAAACAAAAAUGUUGAAAUAGUUAUUGAAGAAGAUGCAGAAAAUCUUAUUGCCAGUUUAAAACACGAAGAAUUAACUUGGCCUGAUAUUGAGAUGAUUUGGGCAAAAACUACUGGUUAUCGAUUGAAUCAUCUUAGAUCAACUAAUUUUUCACCAUCAGAAAUCCAUAAGACAUGGCCUCAAUACAUGCAACCAUUAGGGUAUAAACUUAUUGAUAUUGAUUUCAAACGGCUGCAUGAGAAGUAUGAUGACUUACUCAGUUCUUAUGAUAAAUCAUAUCUUAAGCUGGUACAAAUAAUAGAUGAGCGUAUAAAGGACCCUAGCUGUCGGAAAAUUUUAGAAAGCAUGAUGAAAACGAAUAAUGCACCAGAAAGUAAGUUGAGAUCUUAAUAUUAAAACAAUAGCUACAUUAUACUUUACAAAGUUGUAUUUUUUAAACAGAGAUAACCACUAUAUGUGUUAUAUUUCUAUGUGUAUUUAUA